GUGUCUUCUGUUUCUUUCCUAAACACGCGCUGCAGAAAUAAGGAAAGAUACCUAAUGUGUAUUUGACUCCUAACAUAACGGUUAUUUGAAUCUACUCAGAGGUCGUCCGGUCAGUGAUCCACAACACGCCCGCUGGUUGGUUCCCCUUCGACCGGAGAGACCAGUGGUCCGGUCCCUGUCGCUCCAGCAGAGAGAGAGAGAGAGAGAGAGAGAGAGAGGGAGGGUCAACAUGGCGUCCGAGCAGGAGAGUUCCAAUGGGCCAGUGAAGAAGUCCAUGCGAGAGAAGGCCAUAGAGAGACGUGGCAUCAACAAGGAACACAACAGUAACUUUAAAGCCGGAUAUGUCCCCAUCGAAGAGGAGCGUCUUCAUAAGACCGGGCUGAGAGGACGCAAGGGAAACAUGGCUGUCUGCAUCAUCGUCCUCCUCUUCCUCCUCGCCUUAAUCAACCUCAUUAUCACACUGGUAAUAUGGACAGUGAUCCGUAUUGGUCCGAAUGGCUGCGACAGUAUGGAGUUCCAUGAGACUGGCCUGCUGCGCUUCAAGCAGAAGGCGGACAUGGGCAUCGUUCACCCACUGCACAAGAGCACAAUAGGAGGCCGUAAGGACCAGGACCUGGUCAUCGUUGGCAACAAUAACCCGGUUGUGUUCCAGCAAGGCACCACUAAGCUGAGUGUGGAAAAGGACAAGACCUCCGUCGUCAGUGACGUCGGCAUAACCUUCACAGACCCUCGCUCACAGAACACAUUCUUCAGUACGGACUUUGAGAACCACGAGUUCCAUUUGCCCAAAGGAGUCAAAGUCCUCAGUGUUAAAAAGGCGUCCACAGAAAGGAUCACCAGUAGUGCAGCAUCUGACCUGAACAUCAAAGGGGACAGCAAGGCUAUCAUUCGUGGCAACGAGGGCGUCAACAUCAUGGGCCGGACAGUAGAGUUCAAAGUGGGCGGGGGCAUCGAGCUCAGAGCUGAAAACAGCAUCGUCCUCAAUGGGUCAGUCAUGUUCAACGCAACACGCAUCCCCAACUCGGCGGGAGAUGUGUAUUUCGACGAGGGCAUGGAGCGGUACAAGCUCUGCAUGUGUGCAGAUGGGACUCUGUUCCGUGUGCAGGUGAAGUAUGCCAACAUGGGCUGCCAGACGUCAGACAACCCGUGUAGAAAAGCUCACUAGGAGGCUGGACUGGAAUCUGAUGAAUCUCACCACGGACGUCAGACUACAACAUUUUGAAUAACAGGACAUUCUAUCGGAAAAAUCAACAUGACUGGCGCAUAACAAGACCUCUGUGGUUCACCUGCCAAAUUCUGUAUUCCUUAUUUUUGUUUGCAAAGCAGGAUAUGUUGUGUUACAGAUUGGCCAAAGAUUUUAACAUACAUCCUGAAGGAACUUUUUGGUAUUGUUCUGCAGAUUUGCCAACUUUAUUUAAGCUAUGUGAGCACUUAAGACUCCUAUGAAUAAUAUCAUAAUGUGGUUUACAUUGCCAAUCGGUAGCAGUUAGAAACUACGGUAUUUACCUUUUGCCUUACCGUCCAGUAUUAUAAAUAUACACAAAUUUGGCAUAUUAUUAGGUACAGCCAGCUAAAACGAAUGCAGUUUAAUACAUAUAAACAGUCCUGCAGUGAUUCUUACUUCAGUUUGUGUUACUACCUUAUAGGGAAGUAUUUCUGUCAUCUACCCUCAUUGACAUAAAUGGGGUGGACAAAAUAAAAGAAACACCCGUCCGUAUGACACAAUUCCUCAACAGCGCCACAAACUGCAGCCUCCAAAAGCGACUAUACAGUCAAAUAAACACCUCCCUAAAACGUAACAUUAUAACCAGGAGUCAGGAUUUAUGCAGGACUGUUGUAUUGAACUUUAUUAAUUUUAGUUAGGCGUGCAUAAUAAGGUACCAACUGGGGUUACAAACCCUGUGGAGGGGCUUUAUAUGAUUUUGUUUGCCCUUCAUUGUUCCUGGCAGCUGUAAGAUAUAUCUUUGUUAUUACUUUCACUGACGAGCUUCAGACAAUAUAAGAUGAUAUCGAGGUAUGCAAUAGAAGCUGGUGAAAUGCACAGAUUUGGGGAGAACUGUAACACAAGUGAUACAUUUUAAGCCAUCCAGUAAUGCUAAAGCGGAAUAGGGCCUCUUUCUGCACAUCUUAGACUGUCCCAUCAUGCACGUGCCAAUGGUUUUUACAAGGGAUGAUCUAUGAUAUAUAUAUAUAUAUAUGUGUGUGUGUGUGUGUGUGUGUUUAAUGUUCUAAAUUUGUUGCGGAAGCUUUUUACAGUGAGAAAAUACAAUAUUGAAAAAAACUGUUUUACAACAGAUGAUGUCUUUAAAUGUUCAUGAAUGUCAAUCAUCAGUACCUUGUUCGAGGCCUAUAUUGAGUGGUUUGAAUUGUGUGCAAUAUACUAUAAAUGAUUUUUAUUUUGCAUUGAAUUGUCUAGUCAGUAUUAAAACAGCACUGAUGUUUAGAACAUUUGUCAUUGAUGUCAUGAAGUAGUUGUUCUCAGAGCAUUGCAGACCUGAUGCCUGCUUGGAAAGAAUUGAGCGUUUUUGAACCACUGAAUGGAUAACAUGAAGAAGAAAAAAAUUGCAACCGGCCGUAUUUGGUCCAUUUCAUUGCUAUUUUUGUUUCAAUAAAGAAACAAGUUCCUAUGUGAAA